CAUAUUUAGUAACAAUUUUUAUAUUAAAGAUUAGUGUAUUUUUUAAAAUUUUAUAAUUAAUUAUCAAUUAUUUGUUAUUAUGAACAAACAAAUUGUUGAAUGUGUCCCUAAUUUUUCUGAAGGUAGAGAUACUAAGAUAAUUGAAGCGAUUGCGAGUGCCAUUCGUACCACAGAUGGUGUGACACUACUUGAUGUGGAUCCGGGACAGUCAACUAAUCGUACUGUCUAUACCUUUGUUGGAUCCCCCGAUGCUGUAGUUAAUGGGGCAUUAAAUGGGGCGAAAGUUGCCUAUGAUUUAAUUGAUAUGAGUAAACAAAAGGGAGAACAUCCACGUUUGGGAGCUCUCGAUGUUUGUCCAUUCAUACCCGUCAGGGGUGUAGAUAUGGAUGACUGUGUCCGAUGUGCUCAACAGUUUGCAAAGAGAUUAUCUGAUGAAUUGAAUGUUGCGGUAUAUCUUUAUGGUUAUGCAUCAAAUCUUGAUUACAGAAAAACUGUGCCUCAAAUCAGAUCUGGUGAAUACGAGGGUUUACCACAAAAAUUAACUUCACCGGAAUGGGUACCAGAUUAUGGUCCAAAUGAGUUUGUUGCCCAAUGGGGGGCUACAAUGUCCGGCGCUCGCAAAUUCUUGAUUGCAUAUAAUGUUAAUAUGAUUUCCACUAAAGAACAGGCGCACAGAAUUGCACUUUUGAUUAGAGAAAAGGGAUCUGAAAAGGAAGAGACAAAUAGAUUAAAAGCUACACAAGCUAUGGGCUGGUGGCUCAAUGAGGCCAAUAUAGCACAGGUUACUGUCAAUAUAUUAGAUCACGAAAUAACACCAAUUCAUGCUGUAUAUGAAGCAGUGGUCAAGCAUUCAAACAAUUUAAAACUGCCGGUUACUGGAUCUCAAAUGGUAGGUCUGGUGCCAUUGAAAGCUAUACUAGAUGUGGCCGAGUAUUACAUGAAAAUGGAAGAUCUGUUUAUCUUAGAUGAAGACCAAAAGGUUCACUUAGCUAUUACUCGAUUAGGUUUGAAUUCUUUGGGACCAUUUGAUCCAAAAGAAAGAAUUAUUGAAUAUAUGCUCAAAAACGACAACACAUGUCCUCUGAUAAAUAAAUCUGUCAAAGAAUUUGUGCAAUUAGUUGGCGACCGAAUUACAGCACCGGGUGGUGGAUCUGUUGCUGCAAAUGUUGGUUCAUUGGGUAUUGCAUUGGCAGCAAUGGUGGCAAAGAUGUCUUACGGCAAGAAAAUGUUUGAACACAACGAUGCUAUUAUGAGACGUCUUAUACCACCAAUUAAUUUAUCUAUAAAUGAAAUGCUAUCACUUGUCGACACCGAUACUAAUGCUUACAAUGAUUAUGUUUUGGCGCUAAAACUUCCGCAAACAACACCUGAAGAACUAAAACAACGAGAAAAUGCAAUUGAAAUGGGAUUAAAAGGUGCCAUUGCUGUACCACUUCGUUUAGCAAGAAUUUCAUCCAAACAUUGGGAUUCACUCAAAGAGUUGGCUCAUAUUAUACAUUAUCCAACUAAAAGUGAUUUACAAGUGGGUGCCAACUGUUUGAAAGUAGGAAUUUUGGGGGCCUAUUAUAAUGUCAUGACUAACAUUUCAGACAUUAAAGAUGAAAAUUAUAAGACAACUAUAACAAACGAAAUUGAAAAUUACAAAUUAUUGGCCGAGAGAUCAUGUAAUCAAGUGUUGGAUAUAUUAGAUAAAAGGAGUGCUUAAAACUCUAUGACAUUGCUUUAGAGUUAUUCAAUUUUGCUAAAACUAUUUUUUUUAAUUACUGAUAACUCAUAAAAAUUAAAAACUCUUUGUUUAUUAUGGUCCACAUUAUAGUAAUUGACUGAUAAUAAGAAAAACCAAAAUGAUUUAAAAUAACCCCAAUGUUAUGAACUAAAAGACAAAUAAUAUGAAAAUUGAUUUUAUAAAGUAUGUAAAGUAAAGUAACAGCAAACUU